ACCCCCUCGCCGCCUCACCCCCUCGCCGCCUCACCCCCUCGCCGCCUCACCCCCUCGCCGCCUCACCCCUUCGCUCCCUCACCCCCUGACCCCCUUGCCCGACCCCCUUGCCGUCUCGGAGAUCGCUGGGGUCUUCGUGGUCGCCGCCGUUGGCCAGGGAGCGGCAGGCGAGAGACCAACGGACUCUUGGUCGGGGGUCUGCUUGGAACCGGAUCGAGUCGCGGGGGUCGUGGAGACCCCUGGGAGAGGAUGGCGACCCCAUCCCCGGCACAGACCCCCGAGUCUUCGAGGCGAGGAGGGGACCCGGACGGGAUGACGUGGUGGUACCGGGUCCUGCUGCGGGUGGCCGGGGUGUGUGGGGCCCUGUCGUGUGCCAUCGCCGGUCUCUGGAGCUGCAUCACCGUGAGCCCACUCACUCUCCUGGCUGGCAUCUUCAUGAUGCUGACUGCAGCCGUGCUGCUGCUAUGCGAGGCUCCGUUCUGCUGUCAGUUCGUGGAGUUUGCAAACGUGGUGGCGGCGCGUGCCGACCGCCUAAAGCCCUGGCACAAGGGCCUGGUGUACUGCAUACUGGCGCUGGUGCCCGUGUUUCUGAGUGCCGGCCUCACCACCAUCCUGGGCAAUGCCAUUGUGUUUGGUACCGGCGUUCUCUACGGCCUCGCGUCACUCGGCAGGAAGGGUGACUCGGUGUCGUACGCGAGACUACAGCACGGCCAGAAGUCGGACGACAUCCCCCUCGCGGAGAGAGGUGGCGUGGAGGGGGAGCCCUGAGGGCACUCCUGACAACAUACACCGCUCGCACACACAGAAUACGUAGCACGCAUAGCAUGGAUAGUACACACACACACACGGCACAUACAUAAACAUUGCAUUGACAGUACACACAUAGCACGUGCAUGGAUACAUAGUCGACACAAAUAAAACACACACACACAGCUUAAGGACAAAGAUCACUGAUUACGGCUGAUGAUGGUGUGGUCAUCACUAUUCCCGACCGCCUUUGUCUCCCUGGAGCUGACGACGUGUGUUGAACACACCGCACCAGGCACUCAUCUCUUAGGACUGAGUCGACCUAGGGGGGGGGGAGGAGGCCUGGGACAGAUACAACUCGCCACUGAAGCGGGGAUGAAACCGAGGAGACCGAUUGGGGGUUGGUGGUGCAGUGCGUUAACCACGACGCUGCUCUCUUCCCCAUGUAGUGACACGCACAUCAGACCCUGACACAGGAACGACACUCACCGUUCGUACCGAACACGGUGUGUGUAUAAACACACUACAAUGCUAGGGGCUCGUCAACUAUUGUUUACACAACCACGCGGUGGGCAAAUCCGGAGGCGCUUAGCGUGGGCUUUGACAUUGGAGCCGGGCACGUGGGGUUAAGGAUAAGUCCACAGUUGCACCACGACGAGCGUUUACACAGAGCACAGAGAACGCACGUGCUGUACGCUACAAAGACAAAGAUCCCCCGGAUGGCCUUCACAAAUUGCUGGGGCAGGUGCUGUUAGCGAGCACCUAUGAAUGCCGGAGCGGCGCACUUAGGAGGGGAUGGUGUGGCCAGCUCCACGCCCCCCAAUGCUGAUGUUUACACACUGCACCAGGUACUCGGGCUGAAUCGACCUAAGGGGAGGCCUGGUGACGGUUCGGAUAAAAGUCACCGGUAGUUGGCCGUGAGUGGGAAUCGAACUCGGGUCGUCUGGUUCCUAGCGCGGAGCGCCAACCGCUGUACCGCUGUGCAAAACCCCCUCCGCACACGCAAAUCUUACAAUCGGGUACACGGGAAACAUCGCCCUGGACACGCACCCAUUACACACCUCUCGUACAACGCACACCUGAUACGCUACAUCUCGCACGCAUACGACACGCACACCGCACACACACACACCUUUAAUUAUAUAAGAUGUUAACCACGCGUGCGUCUUGGCUGAGCGCGAGUGCAAUUGUUGGCACGGGGAAGGAGACGAUGGCUCUUCUUCCUCCAGGUGCCGUGCGGGCUGUGGGGUCGUGCCCGCGGGUUGUGGUUGUUUUAUUGUGGCUGUAGUUUCGGCGGUAAUUAUGGUGGUUGUUGUUGUAGGCAGGGGCGGCUCUGCCCUGAUGGGAUGGAUAAUAAACGGCGUGCGAAGACA